AGCAAGAUGGGUCACCAGCAGCUCUACUGGAGCCACGCGAGGAAGUUUGGCCAGGGCUCUAGUUCUUGCCACAUCUAUUCAAACCGGCACGGUCUGAUCCGGAAAUAUGGCCUCAACAUAUGCCACCAGUGUUUCUGUCAGUACGCCAAGGAUAUAGGCUUCAUUAAGUUGGAUUAA